CAAUGCGAUAAACAGCUGGCCAUGCCAUUUAUAUUAUCGAUAGCGAUAGCUUAGUUCCAAAACCCAAGCCAAACUAACCGAAAAUCAAAACAAUGGGCGAACCCAAGAUCCAAUCGCCCGUGGAGCGCGCCCCCAACGCCGAGACCGUCCUGCCCCUCAGCCGGGUGCGGACCAUCAUGAAGAGCUCCAUGGACACGGGGCUGAUCACCAACGAAGUGCUCUUCCUGAUGACCAAGUGCACGGAGCUGUUCGUGCGGCAUUUGGCGGGAGAGGCAUAUGUGGAUGCAUUUCCGCAGAAAAACAGCGAAACCCUAAAGUACGAGCACCUCUCGCAGCUGGUCAACAAGAGCAAGAACCUCGAGUUCCUGCUGCAGAUCGUGCCGGAGAAGAUCCGGGUGCACGAGUUCCAGGAGAUGCUGCGAUUGAACCGCUCCGCCGGCAGCGACGACGACGAUUCCGAAUCCGGUUCAGAGUCGGAUGAGUGAAUGGACGAUCCAUUGCCACCAACUGAUUUUAAACGCCCCGCUAUCUCUUGGUUUAGGCCACCCCACUAGAUAAGUAAACGAUUGUGUAUAACCUCUGAUUAACUAAGAAGCAUAUUGUGUCCUCCAAGUGACCACCAGAUCGCGAGAUGAUUACGGAGCGAGUGUGUGCUUCUGAUAAGCCCAUGAAUUGUACAUGCUUAGAUAAUUUUUUAAUAAUUUUCACCACCUCUUAACUUCAUUUGUCAAUUUUAACCUAUGUUCUUGCGAAUAACCAUCUUAUCAAUUGUAAUAUAACUCUAGGUUUACUUGUUAAAACACAUUAGUUACCAGAUUAAAAUUAUACAUUAUAAGGCUCCUUUACUUGUCUGAAAAAAUAGAUAUUAAACUUCAAAUCGUAUGAAAUGUGUAGUUUAAAA